GAGCCAACAUUUUAAAAUUCUAGGCAAGUCAGGUGAUGAAUUUCUUGUGACAGUUCUCACUUCCCUAAAUAAAUUCUAUAUUUUUCAAAAAAAUCUCGCAUAAAAUUAACAGAAAUGGCCCUACAAUCUGCAGUUAAGGGAAAACUGAUCUCUGUUAUCGGUGAUGAGGAUACAUGUGUUGGCUUUCUACUUGGUGGUAUUGGAGAAAUAAACAAAAACAGGCACCCUAAUUUUAUGGUGGUUGAUAAAAACACCCCAGUAAGUGAAAUAGAGGACUGUUUCAAGAGAUUCCUCAAGCGUGAUGACAUUGAUAUCGUCCUAAUCAACCAAAAUGUGGCUGAACUGAUCCGACAUGUCAUUGAUGGGCACACUGCUCCUGUGCCAUCUGUGCUCGAGAUUCCAUCUAAAGACCACCCAUAUGAUGCCAGCAAAGACUCUAUCCUCCGUCGUGCCAAGGGAAUGUUCAACCCAGAUGAUUUGUCUAUGUUUGGAGCUGAAAACUACUCCGCAUAAUUUAUAUUAUAUAGUAUUAUCUAUAUCUUAUAACUUGAUUAUUAAUAAAAAUAUCAUACUGUA